GAGGGAAAAAAACUAUAAGGAGAGCAAGAGACGGCGAGAGAGAGGCGAAGCGAGAGCGAGAGAUCGUCGUGGUGUGCUAGCUUGGAAUCGGAAUCAAUGGCGGAGCAGCUGACGGAGGAGCAGAUCCCGGAGUUCAAGGAGGCCUUCAGCCUCUUCGACAAGGACGGAGAUGGCUGCAUAACUACCAAGGAACUGGGCACUGUGAUGAGAUCCUUGGGACAGAAUCCCACUGAAGCUGAACUGCAGGAUAUGAUUAAUGAAGUUGAUGCUGAUCAAAAUGGAACCAUUGAUUUUCCUGAGUUCUUGAAUUUGAUGGCACGCAAAAUGAAAGACACUGAUUCUGAAGAAGAACUCAAGGAAGCAUUCAAAGUGUUUGACAAGGAUCAGAAUGGUUUUAUAUCUGCUGCCGAGCUCCGCCAUGUGAUGACAAACCUUGGAGAGAAGCUAACCGAUGAGGAAGAAAGUGGAGAAGGCUCGGAAGAAGGAGAUGAGCUCCACGGCUUCGACCAAGGGAGAAGAGCUCGGGAUCUCAAGGGUCAGGAGGAGACCGGUGAUGGUGACGGCGCUACACGCGACGACGGAAGAGAAGACAGCGUCGUAUGAGAACUUGCAGCCAGC